GGGAGGGGGGAGGAGGUGUGAGUGGAGGAGGAGGUGGCGAUGUGAUCUCCUUCCACAUCCAGAUCGGUCUGAGCCGGGAGCCGGUGCUGCUGGACGCCGCAGAGCUCAGCCUCAGUCAAGUCCGGGAGGUGGCGUGCUCCAUCGUGGACCAGAAGAUCCCGGAGUGUGUUUUCUACGGGAUGUACGAGAAGAUCCUGCUGUUCCGUCAUGACCAGACGUCGGAGAACGUUCUGCAGCUGCUGCGCUCCGCCGCUCAGAUCCAGGAGGGAGACCUGGUGGAGGCCGUGCUGUCAGCUUCAGCGACGGUGGAGGACUUCCAGAUCCGUCCUCACUGUCUGUUCGUCCACUCGUACCGGGCGCCGGCCUUCUGCGACCACUGUGGAGAGAUGCUGUGGGGACUCGUACGGCAGGGACUCAAAUGUGAAGGCUGCGGUCUGAACUAUCAUAAGCGUUGUGCCUUUAAGAUCCCCAAUAACUGCAGCGGCGUGCGGCGGCGGCGCUCCUCCAACGUCUCGCUGACGGGCGGCUUGGUGAACCUCGGGCGCCCGCUCUCUGCUGAGCCCUCGCCACCACACUACACCGAGGACGCUCUGCUGUCUCCAGUCAGUCCCAGCAUGGAGCAGAAGAACCAGUUGGAUUACUUCCCUGGUCGAGAGCGGCGCUCCAGCUCCCAGUCGUACGUCGGCCGUCCCAUCGAACUGGACAAACUCUUCCUGUCGAAGGUCAAAGUCCCUCACACCUUCCUGAUCCACUCGUACACCCGACCCACCGUCUGCCAGCACUGCAAGAAGCUGCUGAAAGGCCUCUUCAGACAGGGCCUGCAGUGCAAAGAUUGUAAAUUUAACUGCCAUAAACGAUGUGCUCCUAAAGUGCCAAACAACUGCCUGGGAGAAGUUUCCAAAAAUGGAGAGCUGCUGAGCCCGGGGGCGGAGUCAGACGUCGUCAUGGUGGAGGGUUGCCUUGACGACCACGACGUGGACAGAGGCGGCGGCCUGCUGGAUGACAUGGACGAGGCUCUGACAUCAGAGGGGGGGCUCCUGCUGGAGGCGGGGCCCAGCGACCUCUGCGACAUGCACGACCCUGACCUGGACGAGUCCAACCGGGCCAUCAGCCCGUCCACCAGCAACAACAUCCCGCUGAUGCGAGUCGUUCAGUCGGUCAAACACACGAAGAGGAAGACGAGCAACGUGAUGAAGGAGGGCUGGAUGGUCCACUACACCAGCAAGGACACUCUGAGGAAGAGACAUUACUGGCGUCUGGACAGUAAAUGCAUCACGCUGUUUCAGAACGACACAGGAAGUAAAUACUACAAGGAGAUCCCUCUGUCAGAGAUCUUGUCUCUGGAGCCGGCUCAGACUCUCUCUCUGCUUCCUGAUGGAGCCAACCCUCACUGCUUCCAGAUCGCCACAGCGUCACUGGUUUACUACGUCGGGGAGCAUCUGCAGAGAGCUGAAUCCUCUGUGACCAGCAGCAGCAUCCUGGUCAGCGGGGUCGGCCAGGAUGUGGCUCGGAUGUGGGAGAUGGCGAUCCAGCACGCUCUGAUGCCGGCCGUCUCCACCGGAGUCUCCCACAGCUCGCACCACAGCGGACACAAGGAAAUUUCCAUCAGUAUUUCUGUCUCCAACUGCCAGAUCCAGGAGAAUGUGGACAUUAACUCUGUGUAUCAGAUCUUCCCUGACGAGGUUCUCGGCUCGGGACAGUUUGGCAUCGUGUACGGAGGUAAACACAGAAAGUCUGGCCGAGACGUCGCCAUCAAGAUCAUCGAUAAACUUCGAUUCCCCACAAAACAGGAGAGUCAGCUACGCAACGAGGUGGCCAUACUGCAGAGCUUGCACCACCCGGGCGUGGUCAACCUGGACUGCAUGUUUGAGACCCCAGAGAGAGUGUUCGUGGUCAUGGAGAAGCUCCACGGGGACAUGCUGGAGAUGAUCCUGUCCAGCGAGAAAGGACGACUGCCUGAGAGGAUCACCAAGUUCCUGGUGACGCAGAUCCUGGUGGCUUUACGUCACCUCCACUUCAAGAACAUCGUCCACUGUGAUCUGAAACCAGAGAACGUUCUGCUGGCUUCUGCAGACUCGUUUCCACAGGUGAAGCUGUGUGACUUUGGUUUCGCCCGGAUCAUCGGUGAGAAGUCGUUCAGGCGUUCGGUGGUCGGCACACCGGCGUAUCUCGCUCCCGAAGUCCUGAGGAACAAAGGCUACAACCGCUCUCUGGACAUGUGGUCGGUCGGAGUCAUCAUCUACGUCAGUCUUAGCGGAACUUUCCCUUUCAAUGAAGAUGAAGAUAUCAACGAUCAGAUCCAGAACGCUGCCUUCAUGUACCCUCCUCAUCCCUGGAAGAAAGUUUCCCAAGAAGCGAUUGACCUGAUUAACAACCUGCUGCAAGUUAAGAUGAGGAAGAGAUACAGCGUGGACAAGACCCUCAGCCACCCCUGGUUACAGGACUACCAGAUGUGGCUGGACCUGAGGAACCUGGAGUCCCGGAUGAACGAGCGCUACAUCACCCACGAGAGCGACGACCUGCGCUGGCAUCACCACGCCCAGCUCAGCGGCCUCGACUAUCCGCCGCACCUCGCCAACGGGCCACGCAGCGACAGCAGUCAGAUGGAGCGCUACCAGGAGCGCGAUGAGGAGCUGGAGACCCUCAGUGAGAGGGUCAGUGAACUCUGAGGACGGGGCUAAGAAACCAUUUUAACGAAAAUAAAGAAAAGCACAAGAUUUUAAAAAAUGUUUGGAGAAAUUUUAAAGAUGAGUUUAAUCUAAAAUGUUACUAAAAUAACAAAGAAAGCACAUUUAAAUUGACUUCACAGCACAUUGAACCAAAUAAGGGUCGUUUAUAGCGGAGAUAUAAGGGAAGCAAAAUGCAUUUACGACAAUAGAAAUUAAAAUAUCAUAAUUAUGACUUCAUGUCUCAUAAUUACAAUUAGCUCUCGUAAUUAGAGAUCUUUGUUUUGUCUUUUGCAACAUAAGGAUAUUGUACCUUUUUAAGAUUAUGUUUUGUAAUAGCAAGGUAAGGAUAAUUUAAUAACUUUAUCUCCUUGUUGUGUAACGGGUAUUCAGGUAUAAAGGCAAGAAUUUUCUUAUCUUUUCUUCAUAAUUAUUAGAGUCUUGUUUCAACAAAAUAUCUCAUAAUACUUUAUUAUUUUAUCCUGUAAUUAUGAGAACCUUGUUUGGUAGUGUGUUGGUUGUUACAAAUUAAUUGAAUGUUUGAAGUUUUUGGAUCUUGUUGUUUUGAGACAUGGAGUCAUAAUUAUGAGAUAAUAUGCAUACCGUUAAGAUAAUUAAUAUAUCCAUCAAUCACAACGUCCAUAAGAUUAUUAGAAUACCCUCACCUUGUAAUUAUAAAACAAGGAUCUAUGACUUCGAUGGAUAUUUUUAUUAAUCACGAAAGUCAGCACUCCUUAUUUCAGACAAUCAGAUAAAUCAAGAGACUAUACGGAGAAGCAGCUUUCAUUUACAUUCGGAAAACACAAAAUUUUCCAAUUUGUUCCUCUCAUGUAAUUAUCACUUUUCUAUACACAAGACUUUGCACAAAUGAUUAUGUUAAAUUUAUGGAAACAAGCCAAGGCUAUGAAUUAAGUAAAUCAUGAAACACAGAGGCAGAUUAUUAUCUAAAUUUGUUUAGAAAAUUAAGACGUGUGAUUUUCAGAUUCUUCUAUCAAUUUGCUAUCGUAAAAUUUUAAGUUAAGCUCUCUCGACCACCGUACAUUUUAAUUAAACUUUAUUUUGGAAUUGACUUUGUGUGGAAUAAAUAUUUAACCUCUUAAUCAAUAAAAUAUACAUAAAUCAACUGUGACAAUAUUUGUUAGCACAAAAAUGAAGAAAAGCGUCAUCAGCAUACAGCUUCACAUGACAAAAAGUUAUUUUGCGUGUAAUGUAUAAUCAUUUAAAGCUAUGAAUGUCUUUAAAAUCCACCAACGACAGUUAACAAAUGUAGUUCCUGAUGUUUUCCCUUUUUCAAGGGCAACAAAGAAUAUCAGGGGUUU